AUGUCCCUAACAUUACCAACAUGGCCCAUUGACGAAGACAUUUACAAAGGGUUCUGGAUCAAUCGAUCACUUGGUACAGUCCGUGGCGCGACCCUUACACUUGAUCGUCAAACUGGUGGUCUGGUGAUAGCCUUUCUCGCUUUAUUUAUUGCUGCCACAGCGCGUAGCUUCUGGAAGAUUACGCGAUUUCUGGUAUAUGCCAUUGAGUCAAACCUCGGCAAGCAGGAUGGAGUCUACCACCAGCGACAAGCCAUCUUGCGCAAUCAAUCGUUAGCACUCAAUGCUGUGCUGGAUCUGUGUCGACUCAGCUAUGCCUGGCGAGAUCGCGCCAAAAGGAGCCAACAGCGUAUACUGCCGGUCAUCCUAAUAGCUUCUGCUAUCUCUGUUGGUUCUGUUGCCGCUGGCCUUUUGUCCUCGAGAAUUUUGACAAACUCAAAUCAAGAAGUUUUGAUAGCUGGCCGAAAUUGUGGGAUAUACGUCAGCGAUCCAGACUCCCAAUUGUCUCCCUUGGAGCCCCUCUUGCUUUAUCAUAGUCAGAGAGCUGUCGACGCCUUUACGUAUGCGAUGCAAUGCUACCACAGGGGCGACACUAUCCAGAACGAACUAUGUGAAACGUUUGCAAGACCAAAAUUGCCUUUUACGUCAGACAGAAACGCUUCAUGUCCAUUUGCCGGGGAGAUCUGCAAGUCAGAUUUUGGUAACAUCCUCCUCGAUUCAGGCUUACUACACUCUCAGGUACACCUGGGCCUCAAUCAAGACCCACAGUUUACUCUUCGCCAUCAGACACACUGCGCACCUUUGAAAACAGCUGGCUUCACCGACACUGUAAUGGCCCCAAAUAGCUCCCAGGCUCGACAGAUCUAUCGAUAUGGGAACACAUAUGGACCUGAUGGCAAUGGCAGUCAUAUCUUUGCAGUUGACGUUAGGCACGAAAAGCCGUCAUUUGACGGCUGGACUAUUGGCAAUUACAAAGUCACAGCCCUGGCGGCAAUUUCCAGUUAUAAGGAAAGUAUUGAGCUCAUACCAGAACUAAGGAAACCCAAUGCAACCGUGUCAUUGUUAUUUCUGGACGCCUCGGAAGUCUUAUACGUCAACAAGACAAAGGAUCCUUGGUUCUCGGCUACAAGCCUCCUUGAUAGUAGUUCUUUUGCUUCCAUUGCGAACGUCACACAUUACUUUGCUGCUGAUGAACCUGUUGGUGUACUGGGUUGCGUAAAUCAGAGGUCAUUUUGCAACCCGAACCUUCCUGAAAAUGUCGGAUGCAUUGAUGGUUUCGCUAUAUCUGAUCCUCAGUCUUCGUUGGACUUGUUCAAAAGCGCCUGGCCAGACGCGAACGAUCAAUUUGCGAUGCGCGCAUUUGUGGUUGCACUUAACACUCAAGGCGCUGGCCUAUUAGAUUCCUAUUAUACGCUACCGAACUCACCAACCCUUCUAUCACGCAGUACUGUACUGCUUAAUUUGCAGGUAGCAACUAUACCAAAGGACCGGUGGCAAGACGAGCGCGAACACGUAUACAAAGCGAGUCUCGCUGCUAUACAAUCUAUGAUGGUCGAGCAUGCUAGAGGGUUUGCUAUUAGCGGGAGCACACUCUGCAAGGGCGAAAAGAUGUGCCGGAGGAUAUGUCAUAGCCAGAAGAUGCGUUCGUCCAAGCACUAUUCUUUCAGCGCCUGGACCUUAGGUGUAAUACUUAUCGUAGGAAGCACGCUGAUGCUCACAUCGGCAUUCGUGGAGGAACUUUUCGCUCUUUUUUUACGAUAUCCGCGCCUACGCAGUGCAAAGCUGAUAUACAGCUACUUUGAGUGGCAAGCCGGAUCCACCUUACAACUGCAACGCCUAGCGCAUGAGAACCUCGGUCUUGGAACCUGGACGCGCACGGAUGAGGCAAUACCAGUUACUGAGUUAGGAGACACUCUGGGCGUACUGGACGUCACCAAAUCAAAGCACGUGCGCAUGGUCAUACCGACCGAGGAACUCAACAGAGUUGACUCUGUAGCAGACUCUGCAACAUUUAAUUUACUCGAUCAUGGAGUCGUCGAUAAUUAA